UUAAACUGCAGAGGAUACUGGGAAAUGUAUUUCUAAGCACUAUGGUCACAUGAACAGUGCAGAGAAGCAGGAAGUGAAGAGCAGAAACCAACAGACUUGAAGACACAAUUGCCAUGGAUCCUGUGACCAUUCUUCUGUCCAUCAUAGUCAUCUUGUUUUUGGUCAAAACCUAUAAUGACCAAAAAAAUCAAAAGUACAAAAACUUCCCUCCAGGGCCAAAGCCUCUACCAUUCAUUGGAAGCUUGCAUAUGAUUGACCUACAAAAACCUCACUAUGCCCUUAUGAAGCUGUCUGAGGAGUAUGGCUCUGUAUUUAGCAUCCAGCUAGGUAUGGAGAAGAUGGUUGUCCUAUGUGGUUAUGACACGGUUAAAGAUGCACUUAUCAACCAUGCUGAGGAAUUUUAUGAAAGACCAUAUACUGCAAUGUCUGCUAGAACAUCCAAUGGAAAUGGUAUAUUAUUUGCUCAUGGAGAGAAUUGGAAGGUAAUGAGAAGGUUUACACUUUCAACAUUACGGGAUUUUGGAAUGGGAAGGAGAUCUAUAGAAAACACAAUUAAUGAGGAAGCACAAUGUUUAAUACAGGAAUUAAAAUCCUACAAAGGGGAACCCUUUGAAAAUAUGACAAUCGUCAAUGCUGCGGUUGCCAACAUAAUUGUGUCUAUUUUACUGGGUGACAGAUUUGAAUAUGAUGAUCCAACAAUCCUGAAGCUGAUGCGCAUAAUUAAUGAAAAUAUUAGAAGCUUUGGAAGAAUUAUGAUCAGACUUUAUAACAUGUUUCCAAGACUGAUAGGCUUAUUCCCUGGCAGCCAUCAAAAAGUCUUUCAAAACUUUGAAGUCAUGAAAGCUUUUAUAAGGGAGGUAUUUACUAAACAGAAGAAAACACUGGACAUAAAUGAUCAAAGGAACCUUAUCGAUGCGUUUCUGGCAAAACAGCAAGAGGGAAAGCCAGAAUCUACUUUGUACUUCCACAACGACAACUUAUGCAUGCUGGUGAGCAACCUUUUUGUUGCUGGAAUGGAGACGACAUCUACCACUCUGCGAUGGGGUCUCCUACUAAUGAUCAAAAACCCAGAAAUACAAAAAAAAGUUCAAAAUGAAAUUGACAGAGUGAUCGGAUCAGCUGAACCCCAAACUGAGCACAGGAAGCAGAUGCCGUAUACUGAUGCUGUCAUUCAUGAAAUCCAGAGGUUUGCUGAUAUUGUACCUCUGAAUCUCCCACAUGCAACUGCUAAAGAUGUCACAUUUAGAGGGUACAACAUUCCAAAGGGGACCACUAUCAUCCCAUUGCUGACCUCUGUCCUUAGAGAUAAAGCUUACUUUGAAAAACCAGAUGCGUUUUACCCUGAACAUUUCCUGGAUUCAGAAGGAAAUUUAAAGAAGAACGAGGCAUUUAUACCUUUCUCACUAGGUAAGAGAAGCUGUGCCGGAGAAAACUUGGCAAAGAUGGAGCUGUUCCUGUUUUUUACAACACUGCUGCAAAACUUCACCUUCCAGGCCCCUCCUGGUGCGAAGUUGGACCUGACCCCUGCACUGGGGUUCACCAAUGCCCCCUUACCACAUAAGAUCUGUGCUAUAUCUCGCAGCUAGAAAAAAGCCAAGCCAAUCUACAAUCAUGGUUGACCCACAUGGAAAAAUCAAGAAAAAACUGAAUUAGUGAAAAACUUGAAAUUAAAAUCCACUUUUGUUUUGUUAAAUUGCAGGGAGGCUUAGAAAAAAAGGUCAUCGCAGAUUCUUUUCUGAGAGUAGUGAUGUUUUGUUGACUAGUCAAAUUUUAUUCAACUGUUACUGCAUCUACAGCAGCUUCCUGUAUUGGAAAUCUGAUUUAAAAUACCCCUCACUUUUA